GCGAACACCUAGCGGAGAGGAAGAGCCCAGUCGAAGACAUUCCAACUAAACUGCUAUACUUUUACGGAAAUUAAAAGUCUGUGGCAAUGGCAUCUACUCAGGAGAAACUGAUUUCCCAUGUGAUGAAGGAGGAGCCUGUUGGCUCCAGGAACAAGGUGACAGUGGUGGGCGUGGGCAUGGUCGGCAUGGCAUCGGCCAUCAGCAUUCUCAUUAAGGAGCUGGCUGAUGAAUUGGCCCUGGUCGACGUGAUGGAGGACAAACUGAAGGGUGAGGCCAUGGACCUGCAGCACGGAGGGCUCUUCCUGCGCACGCCCAAGAUUGUGGCUGACAAGGACUACAGCGUGACAGCCAACUCCAAAGUGGUGGUGGUGACGGCUGGUGCCCGCCAGCAGGAGGGCGAGAGCCGCCUCAACCUGGUCCAGCGCAACGUCAACAUCUUCAAGUUCAUCAUCCCCAAUAUCGUCAAGUACAGCCCCAACUGCAUCCUCCUCAUCGUCUCCAACCCUGUGGACAUCCUGACCUACGUGGCCUGGAAGCUGAGUGGUUUCCCCAGGCACCGUGUGAUUGGCAGUGGCACCAACCUGGACUCCGCCCGCUUCCGCUUCCUGAUGGGUGAAAGGCUCAACCUGCACCCCUCCAGCUGCCACGGCUGGAUCAUUGGCGAGCACGGGGACUCCAGUGUACCUGUAUGGAGCGGUGUGAAUGUGGCUGGUGUUUCCCUCAAGGAGCUCAACCCAGACAUGGGCACCGACAGUGACAAGGAGGACUGGAGGACGGUCCACAAAAUGGUGGUUGAUGGUGCCUAUGAAGUCAUUAAGCUGAAGGGGUACACAUCCUGGGCUAUCGGCUUGUCUGUGGCUGACUUGGUGGAGACCAUCCUGAAGAACCUGCGCAAAGUGCACCCAGUUUCCACCUUGGUGCAGGGCAUGCAUGGUGUGAAGGAUGAGGUGUUCCUGAGCGUGCCCUGUGUGCUGGGGAACAGCGGCCUGACGGAUGUGGUGCACAUGACCCUGAAGCUCGAGGAGGAGCAGCAGCUCAUCAAGAGCGCCGAGACCCUAUGGGGUGUCCAGAAGGAGCUGACACUCUGAGGACCACCCCAAACCUGCCAGGACCCCUCAGAGAACACACAGAGGGGGAACACCUCAAUCUGUGGCUCCACACAUACCUCUCCCACCCCUCUUCUGCUAAACCUUAGUUUCCACACUCCCAAAGCAGACCUCAAUCACCUCGCCGUAUGCCUGCGGCACCACUAAGCGGAAAGAGGUUAUCCUCUGUAGCUCUUACAAAAAUGUCACAGGGCCUUUGUGCAUUUCGUGCGCGUACAUGUGCUUGUACAUAUGUAGUCUUCCUUCUCUGCUCAGAAAAAAAGAACUUUGUGACGCAAUUUGCCAAGGUGGCGGCGUGCUUGGCUCCGAUUUUGGGUCUCUGUUUUUUAAUGUUUGUGUUCAACAGAGCCAUUCCUCAGUAUCAUCUGCACUUAAAACAGGGAUCUCAUUCUCAUUACAGCCAGUCUGUAGCUGAAACACCUGACUGACCAAUGGUAGACCAACUUACUGUGGAACCAUAAAUCUAACAUUAACAAUGACUACAACUCACUGUCACACAUAGAAGAACUUCAGUCUAAACCCACAUUUAAAACUAACCUGAAGUGCACUGGACAGAAGCCUUUCACUGCCUCAAGACAGACAACUUAUGCUGGUAUUAGCUGCACAUGCUGUUCAAUAGGAUAUGAUCUACUGGGUGUAAGUCAGGUAUCACCUAUUUUUGUAAUUGUGUUUCUUUGAAUAAAACAAGAACUUUGUUUAAAAUAAAUUAAUGAAUAAAUCUAAACAUAAAUGUAUAGAUAGAGAACCAAGGUUGUGGAGCCACAUCAUUGGAGUUUGCUGUAAUGCCCAGUGAGCUUUUGUGUGUGUUUGGAUAGGAACCUGUGGCAUAAUAACAAUCUUGCUUGUUAGUGUCCUACAUGUAUCUGUUAGCAUUUUAUGUCUGACUCACGGUUGAGGGGUUUGUUUGUAUCUACACGCUUCCUGUGACGAACUAAGAACAGAUCUCUCGCACUCUAUAUCUGUGUACGCCCCUGUACUGUUCCUUGGCCAGUUGCACAUAUGGGUAGUAACUGUUGUUCAGACAGAAUCUUUAAUACGGGGGGAGGGGGGUGUUGCUUCCCUCUUCACGCCCAAAAACCCUUUGAUUGGUCUCAACUUUCCCGUGUGAUGAGUCUAGACCAAUUGUUGACAAGAAAGGGCUGUGUGUGAAGGGUGAAAGCAGCACAUUCUUCAUGUCAAGGCAGCUGGAUGGUUGGCUUGUAUUUGCUCCACUACCAAAUAAACUUCCAGGAGAACCACA